CUUCAUUUCUUCCGCCUGAUUUAACUUAUCACAAAUUGUGGAAUGGGACCCGCCGAUAAACCAAGGGUCGACCAACCAGACAACCCAAUUGCAGGAGGAGCACCUUUGAGGCUCAUCCGCAUAGGCGCCCGAACCAUUCAAUCGGGCGCUUGUGCGCCUACGGCGCAUAUUUACCUACGUACGUUCCGCCUUAGUCGCUCGGCGCGCUAAAUGCCAAAUAUGGUAAGUCUCCGCGCGGAUCAGAAAAAAGUUGGCCGCCAAUUCAGAUCCGUCGAAGAAUAAUCCUGUACCACCUGCCAAAAAGACUGCGCAACCCAAUCUCCCAAAAUGCCGUCCACAUACAAGAGGGAUAAGCCGUGGGAUACGGACGAUAUCGAUAAAUGGAAGAUCGAGCCAUUCAAAGCCGAUGAUAAUGCCGCCGGUAGUUUCGCCGAGGAAUCCUCUUUCGCUACGCUCUUUCCCAAAUAUCGUGAAGUAUAUCUGAAGGAAGCAUGGCCGGUUGUAACAAGGGCUCUGGAAAAGCAGGGAAUCGCCUGUACUCUAGAUUUGGUGGAGGGUAGCAUGACUGUGAAGACCACCCGGAAGACUUUUGACCCAGCUGCAAUCCUUAAGGCCCGUGAUCUUAUCAAGCUUCUUGCCAGAAGUGUGCCUGUGCAACAGGCUUUGAAAAUCCUCGAGGAUGGCGUCGCAUGUGAUAUCAUCAAAAUCCGAAGCCAAGUCCGCAAUAAAGAGCGUUUCGUAAAGCGUCGCCAACGUAUCCUAGGACCCAACGGUUCGACUCUCAAAGCUCUCGAGCUCUUAACCGAGACAUAUAUCCUGGUGCAAGGAAACACCGUCUCCGCAAUGGGUCCUUUUAAGGGACUGAAAGAGGUGCGCAAGGUGGUGAACGACUGCAUGGCCAACAUCCAUCCCAUCUACCAUAUCAAGGAGCUCAUGAUCAAGCGUGAAUUGGCCAAGGACCCCACUUUGGCCCACGAGUCCUGGGACCGAUUCCUGCCAAACUUCAAGAAGCGCACCCUCUCAAAGCGUCGCAUGCCAUUCAAGGUCACCGACAAGUCCAAGAAGGUGUAUACUCCUUUCCCACCGGCCCCGGAGAAGAGCAAGGUGGACUUGCAGAUCGAGUCGGGCGAGUACUUCUUGUCCAAGGAAGCCAAGGACCGUGCACAGAAGGAAGAACUUAUGGAGAAGCAGCGCGUGAAGCGCGAGGAAAAGAUGAAGGAGCGGGCCAAGGCAUUCGUGCCGCCCGAGGAACUGGAGAGUGCCAAAAAGGAAAAGAAAGAGAAGAAAGAGAAGAAGAAGCGGAAGCGCGACUCGGAAGCAGAGGCAGACGUCGAUGGUUCCGAAAAGAAGGAGAAGAAGAAGAAGAAGAGCAAGUCGAAGGAGAGCGCCUCAUCGGAUGGGGAAUCUUAAAUUUGUUGCUGAUAUAUAUGUUCCCCUUAUGCUACUCUUUUUUCCUUCAUG